AUGGCUAGCCCACCACCCGUCACCGAGGACCAGAACCGCCUCCUCGAAGAGGCAUUGGGGGUGGUGAGGCAGCAGUCGAGUCUGAUGCGCAAAUGUCUAGAGACUCCUGGAAAGCUCAUGGAUGCGCUCAAAUGCGGCUCGACUCUUGUCUCCGAACUACGAACCCCUAGUCUUGGCCCGAAACAAUAUUACGAAUUGUACAUGGCCGUCUUUGAUGCAUUGCGACACUUAUCCGUCUACCUAAAGGAGAACCACCCCGUCAACCACCUAGCCGACUUAUACGAGCUCGUCCAAUAUGCCGGCAAUAUUGUCCCCCGAUUGUACCUAAUGAUUACUGUCGGCACCGUCUAUAUGUCCGUCGAAGAUGCGCCGGUCAAGGAAAUCAUGAAGGACAUGAUGGAGAUGAGCAGAGGUGUCCAACACCCGAUCCGUGGUUUGUUCCUGCGAUACUACCUCUCUGGUCAAGCGAGGGACUACUUGCCCUCAGGAACCGGCGAUGGUCCAGAGGGAAAUAUGCAAGAUUCGAUCAAUUUUGUUUUGACGAAUUUCGUGGAAAUGAAUAAGCUCUGGGUCCGGCUUCAGCACCAAGGCCCCUCACGAGAACGGGAGAGGCGGAUCCAAGAAAGACGUGAACUGGAGCUACUUGUCGGUAGUAACGUUGUUCGACUCAGUCAGCUUGUUGAUCUCGAAGGAUACAAAAAUGGCAUUCUGCAAGCGCUUUUGGAGCAGGUUGUACAAUGCAGAGAUGUCCUCGCGCAAGAAUAUCUCCUGGAAGUCAUCACAAAGGUGUUCCCAGAUGAGUUCCAUCUGCAUACAUUGGACCUUCUAUUAUCCGCUAUUGCUAGACUCAAUCCGCAUGUCGAUCUGAAGAAAAUCGUCAUCGGGCUCAUGGACCGUUUAUCUUCGUACGCAUCAAGGGAAGCAGAUGCGGCAGUGGAGCCAGAAGCUAAGAAACAGAGCGAGGAAGAAGCUGUCACCCGUCUAUUGGAGAAGCUUGAGCUUGCUAAAGAGACCAAAGCCCAAGAGGCAAAGGAUGCCAGUGCUAACAAAAGCUCCAAAGAAAAUGCUACUGAGAACGGCACCGAAGAGCCGGCAGCAGAGAGCGCUGAGACUUCUGAGCCACCGAAGGAAGAGAGUACAGUCGAGAAUCGGGAUGACACGAAGCCUGGCAUCCCAGCGGAAGUCAGGCUGUAUGACAUUUUCUACGAUCAGGUGGUCAGUUUGAUCAAGACGCGCGCAUUGCCGAUCCAAGAUACCAUGGCGUUAUUGGUAUCGCUUGUCAACCUGGCAUUGAACAUCUACCCAGACCGUUUGGAGUAUGUUGACCAGGUUCUGGAUUUUGCAACGCAAAAGACCGCCGAGUACACCGAUCAUGCCGAUUUGCAUUCUGCACCAACCCAACAGCAUAUCCUUCAUCUCCUCAACGCUCCUCUCAAAUCCUACAUCUCUAUUUUCACAGCCUUGGCACUGCCACACUAUCUGCCGCUUUUGACCUCACAGUCAUACCCCACCAGGAGGGCUGUAGCAAGUGAGAUCCUUCGCAGCCUUCUGAGAAACAAGAUCUUGGUAUCCACAACAGAAAACCUCGAUCGUGUACUCCAGGCUGCGAGAGUAUUGAUCAAGGAGGGCAUGCAACAGUCUGUUGGAUACCCCGGCGCACAGUCACAGCGACGAGGAGGCGAAACCGAUGAGACGGUUGAAGAGCAAGGAUGGCUCGCGAGAUUAGUGCACUUGAUUCAAGCAAAGGACAACGACACUCAGCUCAAGCUUCUCCAAGCAACACGCAAGGCUUUCACUGAUGGAAACGAGCGAAUCCGCUAUACCACCCCUGCAAUUGUGACGGCAUCGAUUCGACUGGCCCGGAAACUGAAGUCGCGCGAGCAUUACGACGACAAUUGGCAAUCUCAAUCGUCGGCUUUGUACCGGUUCAUGCACCAGAGCAUCAACAACUUGUACCAGCGGGUAAAUCCAGGCUGUGCCGAUCUUGCACUGCGACUAUUCGUUAUGUGUGGUGAAGUUGCCGACCAGACAGGGUUCGAAGAAGUCAGUUACGAGUUCUUCGCGCAGGCAUUUACCAUCUACGAAGAUGCGAUCAGUGACUCGCGCGCCCAGUUCCAGGCUGUUUGUAUCAUUUCAGGUGCUUUGCACGGGAGUCGUGGAUUCUCUAAAGAGAACUACGACACACUCAUUACUAAGGCUGCAUUGCAUGGAAGCAAGCUCCUCAAGAAGCCUGAUCAAUGCCGCGCAGUGUAUCUCGCAAGUCAUCUCUGGUGGGUAGUUGAAAACCCCCAGCGUGGAGAGGAUGAUCCCAAGGAUCUCUACCGAGACGGCAAACGAGUUCUUGAGUGCCUGCAGCGUGCCCUCCGCGUGGCCGAUGCCUGCAUGGACACGGGUGUUUCCGUUGAACUUUUCGUGGAAAUCCUCAAUCGCUACGUGUACUAUUUCGACCAGCAGAACGAGACCGUCACCACGAAGUAUCUGAACGGCCUUAUCGAACUCAUCCACUCUAACCUGCAGAGCAGUGAAGAAGAGGCGAACUCGAGUCUCGACGGCCCGAAGCGUCACUUUGAACGCACGCUGGAGUAUAUCAGGUCACGUGAGUAUGAAGGCAUUGUCACCGAUCCCCCUAAGUAA